AUGAACCGCUUGUCAAUUACUCAAAUCGCCACCGUCCCCCACGCCGCCCAUCAGGCAAUCUGGAGGGUCGGAGAACAGGCCCCACGUGAAGUGCCAACUGUGAUCUACGAUGACUCCAAUCAGCGGCACCCGAUUGCUUUGAAGCUGAUCCCCGAUGAAGAGGAGGAGGUGCCCAUCCCUCUGCAAAUCUUAGCGCAGGUUACUGUUCCUCCCGGGGUACAUUGCUAUUAUCUUCGCGGCAGUUCGAUCAAGGAUGAUAGGCAACCACCCGUCAUGCCUGAUCCUGGAAAGAUACACAGUUAUCCGAUUACCAGCCGUCAUUUCAAGUUAGACGGCGGUGCGACGGGAGGUGAGACCAAACUCGACAGCAACAACCUAUCCAGUCCUGGGGGGCCAGCGACCUUCCUGUAUGGCAAGAUGGACAAGGUGCAUUUUCCGUUCAAGGCCACGGGACUUUGGAUCUGGGAGUUGUAUGAGGUUGGGCUACCCUGGCCGGUUGCUCGAUGCCAGGUGCCUCUGGAAAUUUACUUCUUCCGGGGCGAUCCGAGCUUCCACAUAGCCAAACCGAGUGCCCUUUCAUCCAACAUCGAGAGUGUUCCGGCCCACGUAUUUGAACUGAUCGAGUUGACCAUCCCCGAGUAUGGCGACCUAGCUUCCACGACCCUUUCUCCGGAGGAUGUGAAAAUCGUCCUAGUUGCACAUGUCGUUCAACAACUCUGGGACUUUGCCGGAUCAGGUCUUACUUAUGACUCAGUUGAAGGUGCUCCAUCCUAUCUUCGUGGGUCAUUUUUCUUCUUGGGUUCGAUAUUGAGUAAACAUCACCCAACCUGUAGCUGUUUUGACUUGGGUGCAUUUGUCAACUACGCAUUCAAGUCAUUCGGCAGGUGGACGGAUCGGCAAACGGGCCAGGAAACCGAUGUUUUUGAGACUCGAACCUGCAUAGUCCGACCCUGGGGCUUUAUCAAGCCCAGCGUCCUGAUUGGGACGAAUGCUCCCUGCAACAAUCCUUUCUAUGCCGCGUUCGGCCAAUCCAGACUCGUUGAGGAGACAGACCCGAGCCGAACGGACUUCUCGUGCCAUUGCUUUUGCCUUUGGAGGCAGGGUGGACAGGAAAAGGUCAUCGACAUCUGUCUGGUCCAGGCUAUUGCCAACACCCAUCGUGCGAUCAGCAUAGGUGCGCACAGCAUAGAGGAGCAUGACAAUAUUUACUGGGACGAUCAUGGGAACCUCGUCUCUCUCCAGGAUGCGACGUUUACUUUUGCCCAGUAUUGGAAUACGAGGGACCACCCGGAAGUGGAGGCCGACCAAGUACCUGUGCCACGAGGUGAGGAGUCCUUUUCUUCCAUUUCUUGA